GCUCUCUAUUCGAAGCUGCAAAACCCUAUGGCUCGACGAAGCGUUGGGGAACGACAAGCCGAAGCCAAUAAGAUUGGUUCUUUUGAGAGAUCGUUUAAGAGUACUAGGCAAAGGAAACUUUACCUGUUACGUCUGUUAAUGAAGCAAUUCAAAGCGGUGCAAGAAUUGCUCAAUGAUAUCGCAAUUCUGCCUCACUCAAACACCGAGUUAUCUGCAAAGGAAACUUCAUCUAGCAGUUCAAGAACAACUUCUUGGAUGAAGAAUGAGAUUGGCAUGCACAAACAACUCUCUGCUGUCUCUAGAACUAGAAACUCAUCAGCAAUGUCCUUGACCGCAAACGAACGGCUUUUGGAGUAGCUAGCAAACCAUGUUUGUGAAUUAGAUGAAUCCUGUCUCAUAUCUGAUUGCAUAUCUCUGUAAAUUUUUGUUUUUGUCGCCAUGAAUGUUUUUUAUGAUGAAAUUGUAGCAAACAAGAACUAUUUGGUGGGUUUUGAUUUAAGAAUUGAUCAGUAGGAAGAGGAA